AUGAUCCUGCCUGUUUGGAAAACAACACCCAAAGAAUACCUUUGGAAGGAAGUAGGAAUACUCCCCGCUGAGCUUCUCGUCAAAAGUAUACGCUCGCGGGUCUCCCUACGCCUCGCCACUCUCGACAGAAAGCACCCUCUACGACGAAGACUAGACCAUGCCGCUCGACGAGAUAUCUUGAGUAACAACCCGGAUGCUAGCGCCGCCGCAACCUCGAGGCGGGUACGGUUAGUGCAUACUGCACAAGAACAUAAAGACUAUCAAGAAGUCGUACUUAUCCCUCGACGAUACUCGACGAAUAUCCAAGUCCACGACGAACAAAUCGGCAAGGACCAAGCCACAGCAGCCCACCUGCAGUGGCUAAACACAAAGCCAUCGGGGUAUAUUAUCUACUCUGACGGCUCCAAGUUAGAAAAUGGCAGCGCGGGGUAUGGCUUUGUUGUAUACUACAAAGACAGAAUCCUUAAACAGAAAGCACAACAGCUAGGCACACACGAAGUGUUUAAUGCAGAAGUCACAGGAGCCUUCUACAGCCUGAAAGCUAUCUUAAAAGACAACUCCGACAACUUGCCGAUCACAAUCUGUAUAGAUAAUCUUGCUGUUGUUCGAGGUAUUAGCAGCACAGCCCCUACCUCGUCUAAAGACUACUUACUUAAAAUCCAGGCCUUAGGAGACAAAUACCCGGGGCAUAUCACGGUCCGGUGGACACCCAGGCACAAGGAUAUACCUGGAAACGAAAAAGCGGACAAACUAGCAAAGGAGGGCGAAUCUCUCCAAGUCCGCAUGAUAGCCCUAUCCAUCUCGCAGACACAAAGAGAAGUUCGGCAGCUCCCCCGCUAGUAUUUUCUCGACUAGUAGAAUAGUAUAGAGAAAGCUACUUACCAGAGGCAAACACCAAAUAUAAAGGCUAACCUCUAAAAGCUGCCUAAGCUCGAGGUUCCUAGAAAACAACUCUGCUUCCUGCUAGCAGCACGAACAAACCAUGGCGACUUCGCUAUGUACCACGAACAGUUUCACAAUCACAACACGAUACUUGAAUGUCCCUGUGGGCGAGAGAAGACCCUAAAAUAUAUCUUCUACUGCCGUAAGAUCCCUCCUGCCCUUCGAGCUCGGCUGACACCCGAGCCCGAAAAGGCAAUCGCGAGGCAUCUUAGCGAACAGUAUAAGGUGUUUCUUCGUAUCGCCGAGGUAUAUUUCAAUCGUAUCUGCCGCGCCUACUAGUCCUAUAGACAGCCUGCCCCCUUCGCGUCAUCGGAGGACGGAGAGGCAUUCCCUUUGUUUACCCUUUAUUUACUUUUCCUUUGUUUCGGUCCGCAACAACCUUCCCUACCUUAGAUAGAUAAACAUUUUGCUUAGGAAAGACACCCAUCGACAACAGGGUAGACUGGUCCCUAUUAAGAAACCAGAUAGCAACAGAUGAUCAGCCUGCUGAGGCUAGCUGAUGCAUCCUCUGGAUCCCGAGUCGGGUAAGGAGUUAGAUAACAAUGGCCUUCGGGCGUGAAACUGUGGUUGAGGGAGGAGGCAGGACAGGACGCGGCGACCAACGGGGUGGACCCGAAGGCAUUGGCGUCGCGCACACACGUGCGCGGCUGGAACCACCUACGGUGGUUCGUCGGCCUGUAGAACUGCUGUAUUUUAGCCCCUCCUCUACACGUCUUAUGCUACUCUGUAGCGCUAUAUAGACGUUAAUAUACAAAAUCAAUCAAUCAAUCAAUCAAUCAAUCAAUCAAUCAAUCAGCGCGCCCGGGAAAUAAUCGCUGGCAAUAUAUACCAGUCUUCCAUGGCAAUUCUCGAUUCCCUUUGCUCUUUUCGCGUACAUUCCCUCCAUUUCCCCAUGUAUUGACCCAUUGGUGCGUUUGUUUGCAGUGUAGCUGCAUGGAGUAAAUGUUUCGCGCAACAUAUGUACAUUGUAGACCUCGCAACCCAUCUGGUUCUGGGUCUCGUAGAUAUGGCAAGGGUGGCUGCUCUGGAUGUGGCAGCUGAUAUUCUCUUAAUUUUUCCUGCGUCUGAAUUAUAUAUGGUAUAUUGUUGACUCGGUCGGCGAUCUGGCGUCGUUGUUUGGCGUUCCAUUGUAUGGAGUGAAAUCGAUGGAGAUGACUGUAACGAAGUGGCUUGCACUACGUAGGGGUCUGUCCUAUGUAGUAGAACAGUUGCGGUGUAAGUGGACUAAGUCCAAGAGCAGUAGUAACAAAGAUAGGGUUAAGCGGUCGUUAAGGAGUUAUCCUCAAUUAACAAGUAAUUGCU